UUGCUUUCUGUUACGUCACGGCCUUCCCGGCUUUCCUAUUGGCGCUCAUACGUUGACGCAUGUUUCUCCACCCGGAAAUGGAAGCCUUUCUGUCUGCUGCCAUUGGGAUUCAGGCAGGAUUGAGAGGUCCUUGCAGUCUUCCAGCCCUCUUCUGACGCAGAGCCCGAAAGCGCCAUGGUGUGCAUUCCCUGCAUCGUCAUUCCAGUUCUGCUGUGGGUCUACAAACGAUUCCUUGAGCCCUAUCUCUACCCCAUCAUCUCACCGUUCAUCAAGCGCUUUUGGUCCACGAAAGCAGUACGGGAAGUACCCAAAGAGGACCAAAAGACAGCCAUGUACGAAUCCUCUACGAAUGAGUCCGAAAUGUCUGAAAUUGAAAGCAAUGGCAUUGCAAAUGGAUUUGCUGGAAGUGACCCGACUGAGAUACCUGAUAAAAAGACGGAUUGAAAUAAAGAUAUGCUGUGGAAUUGUGGCUCCUAUAAGCAACGAACUAACAAUCCUGUUCCUGUUUGGAAAUGUCAUUGCACUUUGUAUCAGACUGUGUAUGCACACACCUAGGGUGACUUUAAAUUAUUUUCACUAUAACUGAGGAGAGGUUUUGCUUUUGUCUUGCUAUUCUUGACACCCAGAACUGGUAGAGGUUUUAGCAUUAUGUUUAAUUAACACUGUUAUCACCAAACCUGCAACUUGUUUCAAUAUUUUUUCCAGGAAUUCUACUUCGACCAACUGCUCACUUUUACAUAAUUUUUCUUUAAAAAGUUAAAGUUCUUAUAUGCUGUACUUGAACAGAGCAGCCGUGUUGAUAUUGAGAUAUAAAUAAUAAAUAUUUGUAGUAGUUUA